AUGUUCUUGCUCUUUAUUUCACAACAGUUCAUCGGCACAAUGGAGGUGCCGCGACCACAGAACAGACUGGAGAUCGUCUCUUCCAUGCGUCGGAUCCGUUAUGAAUUCAAAGCGAAAGGCGUCAAAAAGCAGAAAGUUCUUAUAAAGGUUUCCGCCGAUGGCGUCUUUGUAUAUGGUCGAACCAAGCCCAAGGUGAGAAAGCAUAAUUGUGCAUUGAAAAGUUGUUUAUUUAAACCAACGGUUAUAAUAGAGCAGCAAAACCAAGACACGUAUGCAACUUAUACCAAUCUCUGCCUCCAGCCACUCACCAGAAAGAUACCUCUUUUAGUGCCACGAUUGGUGAGCGCCCCAUUAUCACCACAUAGAUAUAUAUUAGGUAUUGCUGGCAAAGACAGGGACGCUGGGUAG